GCGUGACAGUUGAACAACAACAAUCAAGCUUCCGGUUUUUUCCCAUUCUUACUAGAGAGUUCACUAGCAUGUUCUUGUGAGCGUAAAAUCGCACAAUCAGCAAGUUUAUGUGUAAUAGAUUUACGUGUACACUAGGUACAUUUUAUUAUUUUGUUUGUCGUGGAAUAAGAGCACCGAAAGAGCUAUUACUGACUUUGAUACACCGCUUUAUUUGGCCAUUACACUGCGGACAACUUCCAAUACGGGUUAUUAUGAGCGAAGGAGAGGUAUUCCAUGAGAAGCAGCGACUGGAGUUGUGCGCCAUUCAUGCUCUGAACAACGUUUUGCAAGAACAAGUGUUCACCAAGGAGACGGCAGAUGACAUCUGCAAGCGGCUAGCUCCACAGUGUGUGGUGAACCCUCACCGCUCGAUGCUGGGCACAGGCAACUAUGACGUCAACGUCAUCAUGGCUGCCCUACAGAGCAGAGAGUUGGCUGCAGUAUGGUGGGACAAACGCAGAACAGUACAGUGUCUCUGUGUUGACAAGGUCCAGGGGUUCAUCCUGAACGUUCCGUCACGUGUCUCUCUUGGAAUUGUGUCCCUCCCCGUCAAGCGGCGGCACUGGCUUGCAGUGCGCCAGGUUAAUGGACACUACUACAACCUCGACUCCAAACUAAAGAGUCCUGUCUGCAUCGGGAACGAAGAAGAUCUCCGUACAUUUCUCAGUGAACAGCUGUCUCCGGACGUGGCAGAGAUGCUCCUGGUUGUGAGGAGGGACGUGGAGGAGUACGGAACCUGGCUGAACUCUGAUGACCUCAGGAAGUGAUUCCUCUGGCCUGGGCAUUCCAUUCAUUCAACAUGGGACUCAAACUCCUGCUCUACUCUGGAAAAACAAAUAACAUUUUAGAAAACAAGAGACUCUUAACAAAAAGUACAUAUUUCAGGAAAUGCAUUACCGGUUGCUGAGGAGUGUGGGAACUGUUACACACACACACACACGAAGUUCCAAAGAGAAUUUAAGAUGACGAGGGAUUUCUGUCCCAAAUGGCUUGUUUGUAAGUUUACUGGCCUUUGUUUUGGAUUUCUACACUACAGCAGCAUCUAUAUCCUCUUUCCUUCUCUCUCUUCCUUCUCUUCUCUUCCUAUGCACUGCACUGUCAAGGUAGACCAGUUAGAACUGGUUUGUCUUUUAGUUAUUCUAUGCACUGAGAAGGUACAGAGGCGGCACUGGAUGUCAUGUUGACAACUGACUGUGUGAAAAUAACGCUUCUAUGUUUGUGUUCUGUCUGCGUUUACAUCUAACUGCAUAUCCAAGUGAAUGGGAACACUGUCUUUCUGUUACACGCGCUACACACUACACACUCAGAGGAUAUAAAGAACAUGUUAUUUAUAUGUAA